AUGUUCAAGUUGCAAAAACAAAAAAUUAAAAUAGUUAAAGCGAUUUCUCAAUCACAAUUCACGUUCGUGGAACGCCUUCAAAUGCAAGACAUUAGAUUUGAAAAUUAUGUGCAAAACCUGAGUGAGUCAUGUGGGCUUUCCAUGCAAUGUGUUGGAUGUUGGCUGUUGGUGGAGCUCAUCAUGAUGGCAGUGUAGUGAAUUAAGCUUCUUUUUAUAAUCUUAUUCAAGUCUCUAAUUAUUCAUCACGUUUCUGUUCGCGAUGUUAUUUUGUAAAGCAAAAUAAAAAGAAAAAUAAAAUUCACAUUUCAAAUGUUUGUGAUUCGAUGUAACUCGCUUGUUAUCAUUGUCGUUGAUUUGCAUUUUAAAAUAAGUGAGAUCAAAGUGCAACAUGAGUGAAGACAAUCAAGGAAUAAUUUUAAGAAUCUUCUGACGUUUGUUUACAAAGUU